AUGAAACAAACUUUACCAAACGAUUAUGGAGCACCUAUUGAAUAUUUCUUACGAGCUGCACAAUGGCAAAGAGCAGUCUCACCAAGGUUAGGUGUUCCACCAGCUCCUGUCAAAAAUAGCAUUUGGUCAAGUCCUUAUAUAAGAUAUGGUCUCCCACUAGGUUUGCUAGCUACAGCAGGAGCAGUUAUGAUGUUGAAAAGAAAUAAAGCAAAUGUUGUAAAUAAUACUGAAGUAGCUGAAGUUAAACAAACUCCAACGCCUUCACAAGCAAAACCUUCAAUGACUCCUGAACCUAUGGAAGUACAAACUCCUGUUCAAAAGUCAACUCCUAAACCGACUCCAACAUUUAAACCAGAACCUACUCCUCAAAUAAAUCGUAAAACUCCUGCGUUUCCUUACUGA